UAAAGCGAGGAAAAUGUGUGGAAAUUAUGUGAAUAUAUCGCUAAUAAUGAAAGCAAUUGUCUCAACGAUUGUUUCGUUGUCUUCAUAUCUAAUGAACAGAAAAUGAUACCACUUUGGAGGCAAAAGGCUGGCGAUGAGCGCAGGGAUUAUCUCUGUGUUUGGGAUUAUCAUUCAUUCAACCAUAAGUUAGUCGUAAUGAUUUAUACGCCAAAAGCGGACGACAGUCACAGCACUGGUAGCCAUAGAGCGCUGGUAUACGACAUGGACUCUACCCUUGAGUUUCCCAUCGAUUUUAGCACAUAUUCUGGCCUUACGUUCAGAGACGAGACGGCAAUACGUGAUGAAUAUCACCGACGGUUUCGUGUAAUUGAGGCCCAAAUCUAUUUGACAACAUUUGCCUCAAACCGGUCUCAUAUGCGACGACCCGAAGGCUCGUGGAUUAAGGAUCCGCCACUUUAUCCCUGUAUUAAGACUAAUGAAUGCGAUCAUAAUCUCGACGGCUUUAUAUCAAUGGAUUGCCACCGAUUCGCCAUCGGAUCCGUACUCGACAUCAAUCAAUUCAACCAUCGAUUUGAU